GCCCCAUUCACACGUACAUGGUUAAUCGAGAUUAAGGGAAUCGCGAUUCUAACGCGCUUAGCUAAAUUCACUUUUUUGCGUUCACACAUGUAAAAACGAAAUCGCGAUUCACCUUGCUAGAUCUGGUAAUUCCAACCGCGCUCGCUAGGGGGAGAAACGGUAUAUCCUGUUGAUCAUGCGCAUUAGCUGCCUUCCUGACCAUGCUUUCGAUGUGUACAGUGUUGUUGUCUUUAUUUUUGUACAAAAUACUUGAUUUCGGGAGGCCAGAACAUUCUGUUGUCGUUGCAUCACAGUCAAGACAUGGGCGUUUACGCCAGAGAGCUGCUGCCAGGAGGUUGAGAAGGCUGGUUAGAUUCAACCAGAUUCAAGCGGCACAAAAGUUGAAAUUCCUAGUAACAAUUUUACAGUGUGCCUCUGUCUACAUGUCCCCGGACAGGGGGGUCUGGUCACACGAGAGAAACCAGGAAUUUUUUUAUUAUACUGUCAUGAGGACAUACACAGAGAGCCAAUGGGUGGAAAAUUUUAGGAUGAGCCAGGGAACAUUCCGGCUCUUGUGUGAUCGCCUAAGACCACAACUCCAACGCCAAAAUACAAUAAUGAGACAAGCAAUAUCAGUGGAAUUACAAGUUGCAGUAGCUAUAUGGGUGCUGGGUAGCAAUUCUGAAUACAGAGUAAUAUCUCAGCUGUUUGGGAUUGGCAAAUCAACAUUGUGCAGAAUUGUGCACGAUUUCUGCACUGCCGUAGUCAGAAUGAUGAAAGAAGACUACAUUGUGUUUCCAAAGGGUGAAGAGCUGCGUAGGGUUGUCGAAUCCUAUAAAGCAAAGUGGGGAUUUCCAUGUGCUGCUGGUGCCAUUGAUGGCACUCACAUUCCUAUCUUGGCUCCAAGCAAAAACCCAAAUGAUUACUAUAAUAGGAAAGGUUGGCAUUCAGUUAUAUUGCAGGCAGUUGUUAAUGACCGGUAUGAAAUUACGGAUAUUUAUGCAGGAUGGCCUGGCCGUGUCCAUGAUGCCAGAGUUUUCUCCAACUCAGGUAUAUUCAGAAGUGGUUUGGAUGGAACAAUAUUUAACACCAUGCCAACAGUAGAGGUGGAGGGCCAUCCAACUCCAACUGUGCUAUUGGGUGAUCCUGCAUAUCCUCUACUACCUUGGUUAAUGAAGCCAUUCAGUGACAAUGGGAGAUUGUCCAAGGAGGAACUUUCUUUUAACUUUUUUCUCAGCCGUGCCCGUAUGACAGUUGAAAAUACAUUUGGAAGGUUGAAGGGGCGAUGGAGAUGCCUCUUAAAAAGAUUAGACAUGAACCUUAAGAAUGUUGUACAUACUAUCAUGGCCUGUUGCAUUUUGCACAAUUUGUGUGAACGAGAGAGGGAUCCCUUCCGUGGCCAGUGGUUGGAGGACGUCCAACAGGCCAACGAAAGAUUUGCACAACCAAGAGUUGGGCAGGUUGUAAGACAGGAUAUCCCAAGGGGUGACAUCACAAGGGCAUUUCUCGUACGUCACUUCACCUCUCAUCCUCCAAAUAGAUGAGAGCUUAAAUGUUACUUAUAUUUUGCUGUUACCUCUGCCAAGGAGGUUAUGUUUUCACCCCUGUUUGUCUGUUUGU